AAGUCCCCCACCAUCGUAGGGCCUAAACUAUACAGAGCCUCUCCGCCAUCGCGAAAAAUCGCCCGCUGUGGAUUCCUUUGAUUAUCUUCAAGGGUUUCUCAACCACCUGUUCAAUUACCCAACCUUCUCCUAUUCAAUCUUAGAAGGGCUAGAGAGAUAAAAAUCUCCCUUUUUCGAGUUAGAGAAAGGGUCGCUCUCAUUAUUUCCCAAGUUUCUUUCAUCAACUCCAAAAGCUCGGACGAUCAACACAUUCUGGGCCAACCUCAUUCCUUCUUCUGCCAACGUCACUUGAUUAUCGCUUUCAUUCUUAUUUUAUCCACCUAUAUUUACCAGCCGCAUAUUCAUUAUGUCCUCCGAAACCCCCGCCGAAGCGCCCACCUCCGCUUCUCUCGAAUCGCGCAUCAGCAAGCCUGAAACAACCUCCAACGGCACUAACCCGUCAGCAGAAGCUUUCGUGCCUGGACAAAGUUCGAGCAUAGGUUCCUGGGCAGAUGAGACUGCCGAGCCUACAGCUACGGCCCCCGCAAAGGAGGAGGAGAAGAAGGCCGACGAGAACAAUGUGGAACAGUCCCAAGUCGAUGGUGCCACUGAGGGCCGGGGAGGCUCGGAUCUUCAAGAGCCAGAGUACGAUGUUGAGAUAAAGUUGAGCGACAUGCAAGCCGACCCCAACAAUCCUCUCUAUUCUAUCAAAAGCUUCGAGCAGCUUGGGUUGUCCCCCGAGAUCCUCAAGGGCAUUUACAGUAUGCGCUUCACUAAGCCUUCCAAGAUUCAAGAGCGUGCCCUUCCUUUGCUGCUGGGAAACCCUGCCCAAAACCUGAUCGGCCAGUCCCAGUCUGGUACUGGCAAGACUGCCGCCUUCGUCUUGAACAUGCUCUCUCGAACGGAUCUAUCGCUACAGGCACCGCAAGCACUCUGCCUGGCACCGAGCCGCGAGCUUGCCCGUCAGAUCCUUGGAGUUGUGCAGACAAUGGGAAGCUUUGUUCCGGGUUUGACCACUGCCGCUGCCAUUCCAAUGGAAGCUGCGCAGCGAGGCAAGAAGGUAGAUGCCCAGAUCAUUGUUGGAACUCCUGGCACGGUUAUGGAUAUGGUUCGACGGAAACUUUUGGACCCAAGAAAUCUCAAAGUCCUUGUGCUUGAUGAAGCCGACAACAUGCUUGAUCAGCAAGGUCUUGGCGACCAGUGUAUCCGAGUGAAGCACAUGUUGCCCAAAUCUGCUCAAGUCGUCCUCUUCUCCGCUACAUUCCCUGAUGUCGUCGUCCAGUACGCCACCAAAUUUGCUCCGAAUGCUAACCAGAUUACUCUCCGUCAUGAAGAGCUCACCGUCGAGGGUAUCAAGCAACUGUACCUCGACUGCAAUAACGAUCAAGACAAGUACGAUGUGCUUGUCAAACUUUACGGUCUGAUGACCAUUGGUUCUUCAAUCAUCUUUGUCAAGCGCCGUGAUACUGCACUGGAAAUCGAGCGUCGCAUGACGGCCGAGGGACACAAAGUUGCUUGUUUGACUGGUGCUUUCGAGGGAACCAAACGUGAUGAAAUUUUCGAAUUGUUCCGCACUGGCCAGGCGAAGGUUCUUAUAACUACGAACGUCCUUGCCCGUGGUAUCGAUGUUCAGUCCGUCUCUAUGGUUGUUAAUUAUGACGUCCCGGAGCUUCCCAACGGUCAAGGUGACCCGCAAACCUAUCUCCACCGUAUCGGUCGUACUGGACGGUUCGGCCGUGUCGGUGUAGCCAUCUCUUUUGUCUCCGACAAGACCAGCUGGAGACGUCUGGAUGAGAUUGCGCGAUACUUCAACAUUUCGCUCACGAAGGUGGAUACCAGCGACUGGGAUCUGGUCGAGGAGACUGUGAAACGUGUGAUCAAAAGCUCACGAGCAGGCGCGAACAUGAAAAUGGAUGCCUAAACGUCCCCCAAUAGCGCUGAUGCUCAUUACCGUUCCUUUUCCAUCUCCGUUUCCCUGCUAUCCUUACGACGCCGCGAUACCUACACUAAAAUAUUUGACGAAAAUGGACCUUUACCGAGCCAUGUCGAUUACCUUCUCCAUUCAUCAUCUUUGUUACCCAAAAGGCUUUGUUCUUCUUCCUAUUUUCCUGCAUAGGUUUGAAAUUUUCUCAUUUCAGAUAUUUUCCAUAGAGUAUUGAUAAGGCUCAGAGCUAAAUUUAUGUGGAAAAGCGAUUGAAUUCAUAUCCCC